AUGUCUGGUAUAUUAUGCCAGAUCAACAGGGACCGAUACCUGGAGCGCUGGGUUAAUGUCAACAUGAUCAAUGCUUGCUGCUUGGCAGCUGAUGAGAAUUGCAUCUUUGUGGGCGGGACCCAGGGUGUGGUCAGGAUGUUCCGGGCUCUCGACCUUCAGAUUAUCACAACUCUGCCACGACCUCACAUUCUUGGCCUUGACAUAUCUCAGGUAGGUCAAAGUACUUUUGAUUGGCAUGCAUCUGUUUAUCUUUUAAGAUA